AAUCACCUGAACGUCACAUCUGAUGGCUACGUUACUUGGUGCUCAGACUAGACUUCAAUCUUCAGGCACUGUUUAGCGCCUCUAUUUUUCCUCUUUGGGAGAUAAACAGAACUUCGUUCUGCUCAGUUUGUAGUCCUUCGAUGAUAGCAGCUCGAUUAUUUCAUUUCCCCUGCAAUAGUCGAUAAAGAUGGAGUUAGGAGAGGAGAUGCCUGAUGAGGGAUAUGGAUGCGCCGUUGCGAAUCGUUUCGGCCGGCUGCUGGACGAUGAAUCCGACCCGUUCGACAUCUUAUACGCGGCAGGGGUGGACAAGAAACCGAAGAAGAAGAAAGAUGAUCCGAAGAAAACUUCAACCACAACUAACGUUAAUUCUGGAAAGAAAGAGUCUCAAAGAGACAGGAAAACGGUUCUUACGGCAGGUGGGGGUGGACAAGGCCAAGUCCGUCUUGCUCGUGGAGAAGUUGAGGAGCGACUAGAGAGACGCGUGACUUUUGAGCGCAAAUUCACCGAUGCCGUCGCCCCCCUCAGCUUCUCUGUUGAGAGGUAA